AACAAAUCCAAGAACAGAUUUCUAUCCAUCUAUCCUUACGAUCAUUCCCGAGUUAAGUUGCCAACAGACGAGGAAGAUGUUUCGGACUAUAUUAACGCUAACUACAUCGAUGGUUACGACGAGAAAAACAAGUAUAUAGCUACUCAAGGUCCCAUGCCUACCACUAUCGACGAUUUCUGGCGAAUGGUUUGGAGUGAAAACUGUGGAAAGAUCGUGAUGCUGACAAAUGUCCUAGAAAAUGCGAAGAUCAAAUGUCAUCAGUACUGGCCUAACGAACCAGAAAACGUGUUGACAUCAAGACAUCUAGAAAUCCGAGUUGAGAAAUCACUACAUAGAUCUAACUAUGUUCUUAGAGAAUUCAAGCUGAAGCAAACCAAGACUAACGAAGAGAGAACAGUGUUACAUUUCCAUUACGUGACCUGGCCUGAUCAUGGUGUACCAUCAGCACCUUGUUUAAUCGCCUUCUGGAAAGCUGUCAACCGUACCCCAGUGUCUCUAAACGGUCCUAUGAUUGUACACUGCAGUGCUGGUGUUGGAAGAACUGGAACUUUCCUUGGGCUGGAUGUAUUGGUAUCAGAAGCUACCGACAGAGAAAAAGUGGACAUAUUUAAAUGUGUUUCUAACUUAAGAAGGAACAGAGUCAAUAUGAUCCAAACUAGGAAGGAGUACAGUUUUUGUUAUGAAAUGGUCAAAGAACAUUUGGAUAUAGAGUUCAUCAAAAAAAAUCUCAGUUAA